AUGACAGCUGCUACAACUUCCUUUUCAUCAGGAUUCAAUAACAACCCCAAUAAUGAUUCUACUGAUAGUUCUGCUACUAUUAGUAAAUCAGGUAAUAUUGCCAGUUUCACUUCUACUUCCUCAUCAUAUCAAACCAAUUUAACUGCUAUUGAUACUUAUGGUAAUGAAUUUAAAGUUCCUGAUUAUACUAUUAAAGAUAUUUUAUCAGCUAUUCCAACUCAUUGUUAUGAACGUAGAUUAUUACAAUCAUUAUCUUACGUUUUCCGUGAUAUUUUUUGUAUGAUAGUAUUAGGUUUUAUUGCUAAUAAUUAUAUUCAUUUAAUUCCUAAUCAAUUUAUUAGAUUUUUAGCUUGGACAAGUUAUGUUUGGUGUCAAGGAUUAUUUGGUACGGGGAUUUGGGUUUUAGCUCAUGAAUGUGGUCAUCAAGCUUUUAGUGAUUAUGGUAAUAUUAAUGAUUUUGUUGGUUGGAUAUUACAUUCUUAUUUAUUAGUACCAUAUUUUUCAUGGAAAUUUAGUCAUGGUAAACAUCAUAAAGCUACUGGUCAUCUUACUAGAGAUAUGGUAUUUGUUCCUAAAACAAAGGAAGAAUUUUUACAAAAUCGUGGAGUUAAAGAUUUAGAUGAUUUAUUAGGUGAUUCCCCCAUGUAUUCAUUAUUAACAUUAAUUUUCCAACAAACUUUUGGUUGGAUUAGUUAUUUAAUAGCUAAUGUAAGUGGACAAAAAUAUCCUGAUGUUUCAUUUUUAAAAGUUAAUCAUUUUAAUCCAAAUUCACUUAUUUUUGAUAAAAAAGAUUAUUGGUAUAUUUUAUUAUCUGAUUUAGGAAUUUUAUUACAAUUUUUUAAUCUUUAUAUUUGGUAUCAAAAUUUUGGUGGAUUUAAUUUAUUAAUUAAUUAUAUUUUACCUUAUUUUUUAGUUAAUCAUUGGUUAGUUUUCAUUACUUAUUUACAACAUUCUGAUCCACAAAUGCCUCAUUAUGAAGCUAGUCAAUGGACUUUUGCUCGUGGUGCUGCUGCUACUAUUGAUCGUGAAUUUGGAUUUGUUGGUAAACAUAUUUUCCAUGAUAUUAUUGAAACUCAUGUUUUACAUCAUAAUGUUUCUCGUAUUCCAUUUUAUAAUGCUCGUGAAGCUAGUGAAGCCAUUAAAAAAGUUAUGGGGAUUCAUUAUCAACAUAGUGAUGAAAAUAUGUGGGUUUCAUUAUGGAAAUCAGCUAGAUGGUGUCAAUAUGUCGAUGGUAAUAAUGGUGUUAUGAUGUAUAGAAAUGUUAAUGGAUUUGGUGUUGAUCCUAAAAAGCAAACUCAUUAA